UUAAUCCUUUCAUUUACUGUCUUUUUCUUUUAUUUGCAGCUGUCUUUCUGUGUUACGUCUCUUUUUCUGCUGCCUUUUAUAGCAACUACUCUUCCCUUUCGGCCACUCUCUCAACUUCUUUUCUUUCUUCAUCUUUUGCAGCAUUCCCUUUCUAUCUUAAUUCCAUCAUAUUCAUACUACUAAAACAUUGAUUCAAACCGGCUUAAUUCUGUAUUUGUUGCUUUUUCACUUUCACAGCUACAACUUAUAACUUUCUUGUUCAAGUUUAAAUUCAAUGGCCAAGAAAUUUAUACAUCAGACAAAAAGUAGACAUCUAAUCAUUUUUCUGCACUUUCUACUCAUUUCAAGCUUAGCCCCCCUCAAAUUCAUGGCUCAAGGAAGAGUACUGAUGCACAAGCCUGAUAGUGAAACUACUCAGGGACAGGGAAGAAAUGGAGAGAGGUUAAUAAUGAUAGGAUCAAGACCACCAAGAUGUGAUAAAAAUUGUGUGGCAAUUCAGGUGCCUAUUGUCCCCAGCAUAAAGAAAACAAGUACUGCUCAAUAUUUAUCCACGCAAUAUUCAAGAGGUGAUGACAUUUCAAACUACAAACCCAUUUGUUGGAAGUGCAAGUGUGGCAACUUCAUCUUCGACCCUUGAACAAGUACUUCUUUUGGAUUCUUAAAUUUUCGAUCUUUCUCACUUGCUCCAACGGAACAGCGGUUUCACAACGAAGGAUUCUCGAAAAAGUUAAGGAUAAGUAGUCUUUUUUAGAAUUCGAAUGGAUUCAGUCCAUGUGUAAUCUGGGAAUCCCAGUCAUCAUUUGUACAGAAGUACUCUAUUUUCCUGCUAUAUUAGUUUUUGUUAUUAUGCAUUAA